AUGCCACCCGCUCUGUGCGCGCUGUGUCAGCGCGACCGCGCGUUGAUCCUGCGGCCCAAGAAUCAUCAGAAGCUGUGCAAGCUCUGUUUCCUCGAGGUCUUUGAGACCGAAAUCCACCACACGAUUGUCUCAACAAACCUCUUCCAGCGCGGCGAAAAGAUUGCGAUAGGUGCAUCCGGUGGCAAAGACAGCACCGUUCUCGCCAGCGUCUUAAAGACUUUGAACGAACGAUAUGACUAUGGUGUCGAGCUUAUAUUGCUGAGCAUAGACGAGGGGAUCAAGGGCUACCGCGACGACAGCCUGGAGACUGUCAAGCGCAAUGCUGUGCAGUACGAUAUGCCGCUGACCAUUGUUGGAUAUGACGAACUAUACGGCUGGACAAUGGAUCAGGUUGUUGAGCAGGUUGGAAAAAAGGAUGAUGUCGCAGAGACCGUACUCAUGAACUUGCUGCGUGGCGACCUCCCACGUCUUUCUCGCACAACGUCGAUCGUAACCUCUACUCCCUCCACCGCGCCUCCUCCGCCCGGCCCUGAUGGUAUAGUCGCCAUUGACCAUACCAACAUCAAGCGCAGCAAGCCGUUGAAAUAUGCAUACGAGAAGGAGAUCGUGCUAUACGCCCACCACAAGAAUCUCGACUACUUUAGCACCGAGUGCAUUUAUUCCCCUGAGGCUUUCCGCGGCAGCGCUCGAGCGCUUAUUAAGAAUCUUGAGCGUGUUCGGCCGAGCGCAAUUCUCGAUGUCGUCCGAAGCGGAGAAGAUAUGGCGAAGUUGGUUCCCGGAGGGGACGGCGACAAAGCAUGUGGGGGAAAAGAAUGUGGCUCUACCACAGUUGCGCUCCCCGAUGAGGAUGAGGGCGGUUGUGGUAGCGCUCAGGGACGUAGCACUGGAGGUGAAAUGGCGAAGAUGGAGCGCGUCCUUGCGCAGAAUGAUGUCGCAGCGACUGCCGGGCUGGAAACAGAGAUCACAUUGGACACCGUCCCAUUGGCAUCCAAGCACAAACAAAAACAGCCGAAACGCCGGCCCAAUGGGAACAUCCCGGAUAGGCAAACGUCGAAGAAAGCGCCAAAGCAACAAACAAUGGGUAAAUGCGCCAAGUGUGGCUACAUCUCAAGCCAGGCAGUCUGCAAGGCCUGCACUUUGCUUGAAGGCCUGAACAAGAAUAGACCGAAGACUACGAUCGGAGUGAACGCAGAGACGAACGAAGAGAAGCCGCUCCAAAAAGCCAUGCGGGAUGUUUCGAUCAGCGCCGAGUGA